CAGAUGCUGUAACUACUAAUCCAUCAUCAUCAUCAGAAUUCAGAGAUCAACAUCUUUUUUUCUUCAGGACGAAAAAGGCGUACCUGAAACGAUUCUUUGGUCACCCCCUGCGCCUGCCCGUCCAGCAUUUUGUGUCUUGUCAUCCUCGCCACCUCAUUCUUUCUUUCUUUCAUCUCCUUCCUCUAUCGAUCGAAACCCUAUAAAUCUACCUGAAACUGACUUUGUUGUUGUAUCAAGGAGACAGCUUAGCUUAGCUGUUGUUGUUGCAGUCCAGUCAGAGAGCAGAGGGCACUGCACCGAGAGGAUCGAGCUUCCAAGAACAAGUGAAGCUAGCAUGGGGUGGUGGCUCGGAGGUGGCCUGCCGGUCAUCGCCAUGCUGGCUCUCAACGUCGUCGCGGCGGUGUUGGUGUCGCUCGUCAAGGUCGCCAUGGACGGCGGCCUCAACCCUCUCGUCCUCGUCACUCUUCAGCAGCUCACGGCCGCCAUCUUCCUCGGCCCAAUUGCCUACUUCAAAGAGAGGAAGUCCAGGCCAAAGCUCACACUGGAGAUCUUCACUUAUCUCUUCGUCAGUGCUGCGCUCGGGGCAGCUCUAAGGCAGUACAUGAUCUUCGUUGCUUUGAGAUACACCACGGCGACCUUCGUCACUGCCUUCUCCAAUAUCGCUCCUGUCCUCACAUUCUUGCUUGCCAUCCUAACACGGUCAGAAUCACUGAACCUGAGGAGAAAGACAGGCAUUGCAAAGCUUGUGGGCACGCUGAUAUCAGUAGCAGGAGCCAUGGUGCUGACAUUUUACAAGGGCGUGGCUGUCACCCACACAACCAAGAUCCACCAUGCAACAGCAGCAGCAGCAGUAGCAGCAGAAGCAGCCAUGAGCAGCAGGAACUGGACGCUGGGCACGGUGGCCAUCCUGGGCAACUGCGUGUGCCUCUCCUGCUGGUUCCUCCUCCACAGCAGGCUCGCCAAGAAGUACCCCCAUGUCUACUCCUGCAAUGCCUUCAUGUGCAUGUUCAGCUUCCUCCAGGUGGCCGUCGUCGGCCUCUCCACACAACGCAACGUCUCCGUCUGGAUCGUCAGGACCAAGUUCCACAUACUCACCAUCCUCUACGCCGGUGUGGUGGGGUGUGGCCUUUCGUUUGUGCUACUGACAUGGUGCAUCGAGAAGCGCGGUCCAGUGUUCGUCGCAGCCUUCAUUCCGGUGGUGCAGAUCAUUGUUUCAGUGAUUGACUUCACUGUCCUCCAUGAACAGCUCUUCCUUGGAAGCGUGCUGGGAUCUGUACUUGUGAUAGGUGGCCUUUAUCUUCUGCUGUGGGGCAAGAGGCAGGAGGCCUUGCACCUCCCUCCAAAAGUUGCUGAACAUGAUAAAGAGCAGCAACAGCAACAGCAACAGCAACAGCAGCAACAACAGCAGCAGCAAGUGCAACUCUGAAUGAAGAGUGGUGACAGCGUCCCCUUUGGGAUUUUAACAAAUAAGUUCUCCACCAACUUUUUUUUUUGUCAAUCAGGGCAGCCAUGUUGUUGUACAAUUAAUCCGAGAGCACUAUCAUGCAUGAAGUUAUUUAGGUUUUAAUUGAUCCAAAGAAUACUAGAAAUGAUCUAAACCAACACUGAGUUAAUUAGCUACCACUUCAGAAAUAGAUCCUGUAUGCAAUAGUUUAACUGCAACCAUAUAAGAAUUCUACGUGUGAUUUAUGGAUAAACCGUGUAAUUCCAUGACUUCUGCGAGUUUACAUAUACUCGGCAUAAA